GAGAGCAGAAGGAGCAAAGAUCUGUUUCUGUUCAGAAGAAGUGAAAGUAUUCUACAUUCAAUGGCAACAGGUGAAAUGGCGCAGCAAGAAAAUCCACUGGACAGAGAAAAAAUUAGCUGUAAGAUCUGUCUGUGUCUACUGAAGGAUCCUGUGACUACUAACUGUGGACACAACUUUUGUAUGAAGUGUAUUAACUCCCACUGGGACAAUGAGGAUAACAAAGAAAUCUACAGCUGUCCUGUGUGUGGACAGACCUUCACAGCGAGGCCUCUCCUGGUGGAAAACACCAUGUUAGCUGAUAUAGUGGAGAUAAAGAAGGCUGGACUCCAAGUUGCGGCCAAUUACGUUUACGAGGCAGCCAAAGAGGGUAAAUUACUGGACCUGGCCGAGCCGUUGGUCACCCGUUCCGAGGCGGAGAUCCGCUUCCUGCUCAGCUACGUGACCCAGAUGUCUGUACAGAGAUUCACCCCGCUCAUCAUCGCUGCCCGGAAAGGACACGUCAAAGUGGUCCAGAUGCUCCUGGACCACUUUCCUGUGGACACGGAACAGACCGGCACGGUUCGGUUUGACGGCUACGUCAUAGAUGGAGCUACAGCUCUGUGGUGUGCGUCCAGAGCGGGACAUUUUGAAGUGGUGCGCCUGCUGGUGAGUCACCAGGCUAACGUGAACCACACCACCAUCACUAACUCCACCCCGCUGCGGGCCGCCUGCUUUGAUGGCCGUCUGGACAUCGUGCGGUACCUGGUGGAACACGAUGCAGACAUCAGCAUCACUAACAAGUACAACAACACCUGCCUGAUGAUCGCCGCCUAUAARGGGYACACGRACRUAGUCAAAUUCCUGCUGGAGCGAGGGGCAAACCCCAACGCAAAGGAGCACAGCGGCAACACCGCCCUGCACUUUGCUACAAAGCGGGGACAUCUGGACAUAGUGAAAGAGCUGGUGCGUUGCCAGGCAGCCAUGGUGGUGAAYGGACACGGCAUGACGCCGCUGAAGGUCGCUGCAGAAAGCUGYAAAGCUGAUGUGGUGGAGCUGCUGCUGGCACACGCCGACUGUGACCCCGGCAGCCGCAUUGAGGCCCUGGAACUGCUCGGCGCCUCAUUCGCCAACGACAGGGAGAACUACGACAUCCAGAAGACGUACCACUACCUGCACACGGCCAUGAUGCAACGGUACCAUAACCCAGAAAACAUUAUCGCCAAAGAGCUGUUGCCACCCAUCGAGGCCUAUGGGGGGUAUAGCGAGUGCCAGAAACCAUACGACCUGGAGACCAUCAGGGCAAACCGGGACGCCCUGCACAUGGAGGGGCUGAUGAUCCGGGAGCGAAUCCUGGGCUCUAACAAUAUUGACGUGCCACACCCCAUCAUCUAUCGCGGUGCUGUCUAUGCUGACAACAUGGAGUUUGACCAGUGCAUCAAACUGUGGCUUCAUGCGCUUCGCCUGCGGCAGAAAAGAAACCGCAACACGCACAAGGACCUGCUGCGCUUCGCCCAGGUCUUCUCCCAGAUCGUGCACCUUAGUAGGCAGGUGAAUGCCUCGGCCAUGAGGCAGGUGUUGAGCUGCAGCGUGUUGGAGAUUCAGCGCAGCAUGACUCGAGUGGAAGCGGCGGCAGAGUCUGAGCUGCCGCAGACCCUGGACAAUUACGAGUCAAAUGUUUUUACCUUCCUGUACUUGACCUGCAUUGCCACCAAAACCAGAUGCAGCAACAACGAGCGCGCCCAAAUCAACAAGCACAUCUGCGACCUGAUCCAGCUGGACCCGCGGUCACGAGAUGGCUCCUCGCUGCUGCACCUGGCCGUCAACUCCACCACACCGGUCAACAACUUCGUCAUGGAUGUCUGCAGGUUCCCCAACUUAGAGGUCACCGUGCUGCUGCUGAACUGUGGCGCACAGGUCAACGCCAUUGACCAUGAGGGCAACACCCCGCUGCAUGUCUUUGUCCAGCACAACCGGCCAAACGACGCAUUUACUAAUGUAUGGAUUAGAAACAUCCUGCUGAUUGGGAGCAUCCAAUGGCUAUACACAACAUUCAGGAUGCCACUGGACAUAAGCACCACGGGUCCUUUUUUUUGGAUGCUGGGUUCCUUGUGUUACUUUGAGCAGGAUGAGCGGAGCCGUGACACUGUAGAGAACGUGGAGAAGUUCCGCUGCACCAGGACGGUUCAGAGGAAACAGGAUCCUGUGACUACUAACUGUGGACACAACUUUUGUAUGAAGUGUAUUACCUCUCACUGGGACAAUGAGGUUAAGAGAGGAAUCUACAUCUGUCCUAUGUGUGGACAGACCUUCAAACUGAUGUCUGUCCUGGUGGAAAAAAACGAGUUAGCUGAUAUAGUGGAGGAGAUGAAUACUAGACUCCAAGCGAUAUGUUCUGUAUCAGUUCCUGCUGAUCAUAGCAGUGAUCUGAUACAGAACACAUCAGCAGGAGCUGAUACAGGACACCUCAAGGCUUAUUUUGGUCUCUGCUUUUGUAACAAGAAGAUGAAGAUGUUCUGCCGCACUGAUCAGCAGUGUAUCUGUUAUCUCUGCUCUGUGGAUCAACAUAAAGACCACGACACAGUCACAGCUGCAGCAGAAAGGACUGAGAGGCAGAGAGAGCUCGGGCCGAGGAGACAAACGAUCCAGCAGAGACUCCAGGACAGAGAGAAAGAUGAGAAGCUGCUUCAUCAGGAGGAGGAGGCCGUCAACCGCUCUGCUGAUAAAGUAGUGGAGGACCGUGAGAAGAUCUUCACUGAGCUGAUCCAUCUGCUUGUGAAAAGAAGCUCUGAUGUGAAGCAGCAGAUCAGAUCCCAGCAGGAAACUGAAGUGAGUCGCGACUCCCCCUCACUGUCACUCAGGCAAUUGAGAUACUCAUCCAGGAUCGGGUUCCCUCCUCUGAGGAACUUUGAGGACAUGGCAGCAGCUAUGUCACAGAUCAGAGAUCGACAGGACCUUCUGAGUGAGACAGAGAAAAAGAUGUUUCAGAUUGUGUCUCAAGUGGAUGUUUUACUGCCACAACCAGAGCACAAGACCAGAGCUGACUUCUUAAAAUAUUCACAGGAAAUCACACUGGAUCCAAACACAGCAAACACAUAUCUGUUAUUAUCUGAGGGAAACAGAAAAGUGACAUUCACGAAUGAAGAACAGUUUUAUUCUCAUCAUCCAGACAGAUUCACUGAUGUGUGGCAGGUCCUGAGUAGAGAGAGUCUGACUGGACGUUGUUACUGGGAGAUGGAGGUGGAGAGAGGAGGAGGAGUUGAGGUAGCCGUCACAUACAAGAAUAUCAACAGAGCAGGGAGGUCACUUGACUGUAGAUUUGGAUUAAAUGACAAAUCUUGGAUGUUAGAUUGUUAUGGAAACAGUUAUAACUUCUAUCACAACAGCAUCCAGACUCCAGUGUCAGGUCCUCCGUCCUCCAGAGUAGGAGUGUACCUGGAUCACAGUGCAGGUGUUCUGUCCUUGUACAGAGUCUCUGACACCAUGACUCUCCUCCACAGAGUCCGGACCACAUUCACUCAGCCUCUCUAUGCUGGAGUUGGGGUUUAUAAUCCUCAAUCCACAGCUGAGUUCUGUAAACUCAAAGAGACUUGAGUCAUUUAAAAGGGGCACACACUGGUAAAUGGUAAAUGGUUGUAUUUAUUGUGGCAGUAGACCAUGCCACGGGGUUCUCUCCACGACAGCCAGAGACGAACCAGUUACACCAUUGGUGGCUCAGCAGCAUCUUUAUUAAUAUAAAACAGAACUGACAAAACACUUAACUUAGAGGGUCCAGCAUUUUCUGCUGGACCUCUAGCUUCGCCCAGUCUCUUCCCCAGUGUGUGUCCCCUUGAG